AUGACAAGAACUAACAAAUGGACAGUUCAUGAAGCGAAGUCGAACUCUAAGUGGUUCACUCAUCAUGGCCCAAUUAAUUGCGACCCAACCAAAGUUAAGAAACUGGGAGCAGGAAAGGGUAAUUGGGGCAAGCCAGGGGACGAAAUGAAAGACGAUACAGAUAUGGAUAGGGUGACUAUGUUUGGACAGUCGCAAAGAAGGAAUUCGAAUCAUAGUCAGAAUGAGCAAGAUAUGAAAAUGCUUAACGAACAGUUAGACCAUUCUAUGUUUACCAUGUAG